UCAGCAGCAUCCACCAGCUAACUCUUACAUCAAUCACUCCCUCCUUCGGCUUCCGAUUAUGCAGAAGUCGAAGAUGAAAAAAGACUGAGAGCAGUAAGUGGUGGAGGCAAAGGAUUCUGCAUUACCGAUCGAAGAUGUAGAGCCAAAAUUUGACACUACUAUUAGGGGAGAGACUCUGCAACUUACGCCGAAGUUAUGGAGGAAAAAGUUUGACUUUGGUACAGGUCGAGGUAAGGGAGAGAGUAUUUGCAUUCUGUAGAAACAUGAGAUCUAAACACUCGAAGUGCUGGGCGUGUAACAGGAGGCCACUAAACUUCUAAUUUCAGAAGAAGUUUAGUGCACAGGUGUUCAGUUUAGUUUAGUUUAGUUCAGUUCAGUUUCUGAUAUUUGGUGGGGCGAAGGUGAUCGAGAUGGCCGUUCAAAUGAAGUCAGUUAUGCUUUGGUUGCUUCUCUUGGGACUGGCACACACUAUGACGCUCCUACCUUCUGCAUCGGCAAGAGCGAUGCGAGAGUUGGAUGCCGGCUCAGAUGUGUCCCCUCACCUUCGAGGUGAGAGGAUUAUGACGUCAAGGAGACCAUUAUUUUUUCUUCCUGGCGCUCUACCAUGUGCCAUCUACCAUUGCUUGAAGCCUGCUUUUACUACCGGAUCUCACCCUCCACCCACUCCUCCUCCUCCUCCCAGGAAUUCUUUCAAACAUCCGCUGCCUAAGCUUCCCCAGAUUCCAUCAGCAGCUCGUUCUCCUCCUCCCCCUCCUGCAAGAAAGUUCGUGCCCAUAUUUCCCACUUUUUCAUUUCCCAAUAUCACUGACAUUUUCAAAAAGCUACCAAAAGUUCCCCGGUACCCAUCAAGAGGUAGUUCUCCUCCGACGUCUGUCACGGUUUCACCGAAAUCUGCACCAGAAAAUGAAAUGGGUCCUCCCCCUCCUGCUUCUACAAGUUCAUCGAUUUCCCCUCUUACUGCAGUUGCACAGGGCACCCCUUUGCAGGCCAGCGGUUCAACUCCAAAACCAAGGACUCCACCGAGUGAGACUUCGACUAGUAGACAGUUCGAGGCACCAGUUGGAAGUCCUGCUGCAUCCGCAUCCGCUUCACCUUCUCCUCCCACUGCAGCGCAGGCACCAGUUGAAAGCUCUCCUCCAUCUCAACCUGCCGCCGAGUCACCACGUUCUCCGUCUCCGUCGAAACCGUCAGUAGAAAGCACUACCACUCCUACUUCUUCUCCUCCUCCUGGACCUGAAGCAUCAUCUCCUCCGCCCCCAUCGGAGCCAGCAACUGCAAGUUCUCCCCCUCCUCCUGUAAGUCGGUUAACAUCUUCUUCAACCUCACCCAAGCCAGCAACUGCACCUCCUCCUCCUCCCCCAUCAGAGCCAGCAACUGCAAGUUCUCCCCCUCCUCCUGUAAGUCGGUUAACAUCUUCUUCAACCCCACCCAAGUCAGCAACUGCAUCUCCUCCUCCUCCUCCCCCAUCAGAGCCAGCAACUGCAAGUUCUCCCCCUCCUCCCGUAAGUCAGUUAACAUCUCCUUCAACCCCACCCAAGCCAGCAACUGCACCUCCUCCUCCCCCGCCAUCAGAGCCAGCAACUGCAAGUUCUCCCCCUCCUCCUGUAAGUCGGUUAACAUCUUCUUCAACCCCACCCGAGCCAGCGACUGCAUCUCCUCCUCCUCCCCCAUCAGAGCCAGCAACUGCAAGUUCUCCCCCUCCUCCUGUAAGUCGGUUAACAUCUUCUUCAACCCCACCCGAGCCAGCAACUGCAUCUCCUCCUCCUCCCCCAUCAGAGCCAGCAACUGCAAGUUCUCCCCCUCCUCCUGUAAGUCGGUUAACAUCUUCUUCAACCCCACCCGAGCCAGCAACUGCAUCUCCUCCUCCUCCCCCAUCAGAGCCAGCAACUGCAAGUUCUCCCCCUCCUCCUGUAAGUCGGUUAACAUCUCCUUCAACCCCACCCGAGCCAGCAACUGCACCUCCUCCUCCCCCGCCAUCAGAGCCAGCAACUGCAAGUUCUCCCCCUCCUCCUGUAAGUCGGUUAACAUCUCCUUCAACCCCACCCCAGCCAGCAACUGCAUCUCCUCCUCCUCCCCCAUCAGAGCCAGCAACUGCAAGUUCUCCCCCUCCUCCUGUAAGUCGGUUAACAUCUUCUUCAACCCCACCCAAGCCAGCAACUGCAUCUCCUCCUCCUCCCCCAUCAGAGCCAGCAACUGCAAGUUCUCCCCCUCCUCCUGUAAGUCGGUUAACAUCUUCUUCAACCCCACCCGAGCCAGCAACUGCAUCUCCUCCUCCUCCCCCAUCAGAGCCAGCAACUGCAAGUUCUCCCCCUCCUCCUGUAAGUCGGUUAACAUCUUCUUCAACCCCACCCGAGCUAGCAACUGCAUCUCCUCCUCCUCCCCCAUCAGAGCCAGCAACUGCAAGUUCUCCCCCUCCUCCUGUAAGUCGGUUAACAUCUUCUUCAACCCCACCCAAGCCAGCAACUGCACCUCCUCCUCCUCCGCCAUCAGAGCCAGCAACUGCAAGUUCUCCCCCUCCUCCUGUAAGUCGGUUAACAUCUUCUUCAACCCCACCCAAGCCAGCAACUGCACCUCCUCCUCCUCCCCCAUCAGAGCCAGCAACUGCAAGCCAUCCCCCUCCUCCACCAUAUCAAUCGUGGCUGCAUCCGUCUCCCUUUUUCUCACCUCCUCCACCCCCAUCCAAUCCAGCAACUUCACCUCCUCCUCCUCCAUCACAUCCAGCAACUGCAAGCCAUCCCCCUCCUCCAUUAUAUCAAUCGUGGCUGCAUCCGUCUCCCUUUUUCUCACCUCCUCCACCCCCAUCCAAGCCAGCAACUGCACCUCCUCCUCCUCCUCCAUCACACCCAGCAACUGCAAGCCAUCCCCCUCCUCCACCAUAUCUAUGGUGGCUACAUCCGUCUCCCUUUUUCUCACCUCCUCCACCCCCAUCCAAUCCAGCAACUUCACCUCCUCCUCCUCCAUCACAUCCAGCAACUGCAAGCCAUCCCCCUCCUCCAUUAUAUCAAUCGUGGCUGCAUCCGUCUCCCUUUUUCUCACCUCCUCCACCCCCAUCCAAGCCAGCAACUGCACCUCCUCCUCCUCCUCCAUCACACCCAGCAACUGCAAGCCAUCCCCCUCCUCCACCAUAUCUAUGGUGGCUACAUCCGUCUCCCUUUUUCUCACCUCCUCCACCCCCAUCCAAUCCAGCAACUUCACCUCCUCCUCCUCCAUCACAUCCAGCAACUGCAAGCCAUCCCCCUCCUCCAUUAUAUCAAUCGUGGCUGCAUCCGUCUCCCUUUUUCUCACCUCCUCCACCCCCAUCCAAGCCAGCAACUGCACCUCCUCCUCCUCCUCCAUCACACCCAGCAACUGCAAGCCAUCCCCCUCCUCCACCAUAUCUAUGGUGGCUACAUCCGUCUCCCUUUUUCUCACCUCCUCCACCCCCAUCCAAUCCAGCAACUUCACCUCCUCCUCCUCCAUCACAUCCAGCAACUGCAAGCCAUCCCCCUCCUCCAUUAUAUCAAUCGUGGCUGCAUCCGUCUCCCUUUUUCUCACCUCCUCCACCCCCAUCCAAGCCAGCAACUGCACCUCCUCCUCCUCCUCCAUCACACCCAGCAACUGCAAGCCAUCCCCCUCCUCCACCAUAUCUAUGGUGGCUACAUCCGUCUCCCUUUUUCUCACCUCCUCCACCCCCAUCCAAUCCAGCAACUUCACCUCCUCCUCCUCCAUCACAUCCAGCAACUGCAAGCCAUCCCCCUCCUCCAUUAUAUCAAUCGUGGCUGCAUCCGUCUCCCUUUUUCUCACCUCCUCCACCCCCAUCCAAGCCAGCAACUGCACCUCCUCCUCCUCCUCCAUCACACCCAGCAACUGCAAGCCAUCCCCCUCCUCCACCAUAUCUAUGGUGGCUACAUCCGUCUCCCUUUUUCUCACCUCCUCCACCCCCAUCCAAGCCAGAAUCUGCACCUCCUCCUCCAUCACACCCAGCAACUGCAAGCCAUCCCCCUCCUCCAUUAUAUCAAUCGUGGCUGCAUCCGUCUCCCUUUUUCUCACCUCCUCCACCCCCACAUAAGCGAGCAACUGCAAGUUCCCACCCUCCACCACCGAAACACCGGUUGAUAGGUGUGUUCCAUGAUGGCCCAGAGUUUGUUGGCUCGCCCAACCGCAAGAUGGGUACAUCUCAGAGCCAAGCACCCUCCGGCAACUAGAAAACGGCUACAAACGGGAGAAACGAUGGUGUUUUUGAGGCCUGGUUCUGUGUGUCUUCGGGAUGAACGUAGAUUUUGAACUUUCAGAAGGUUCACCACAGGUUUGCGAACACGAAUGCCCCAGUUCGUAAGUUCCGAGGUCGAUGCGAAGCGCAGAGUUGAUGCCAAGAAGCUGAUGACUGUGACCGAGUACCCAGGAGACGUCGAAAUAAUGAGUCAUGAAUAAUGGCAGUGGAUGCAUGCUACGAUUCGAAGAGGGUCCUAAAGACCGGGGUUGCUUGGCGAGAUGAGCUAGGUGAGACGCUCUCUUGGGGUGGAUGAAGAUUAAGAAAUAACGAGGACUUGUACUCAAACUUAGCGAAGACUUAGAUUGUAGUCGGUGCAGUGAAGCAUUCAGUUCAGUUCUAUACUUCGGCCCUUCAGACUCGAUUUGUAGGACUGCUGAGGUAAGAAGUAAGAGCUCUUGUGAUAAAUAUUUUUAUGUACAUUAAUCAAUUUGAGGACCAGCGGAAACGGUCUCCAUGACUUGUCGUCUUUAACCUUCACAAAAACUUCGGCAUCUAACAGAGUACGACCAUAAAAAGUCUGACGAACUAACUUCACCAUUAUUCAAAUUAUCUAGCGAUAAGAAUUGAGUGGGAUCUUCAGGCCAUCAUGUGUGCACUGUAUGAUGUGGAUAUGGAAUUCACAGUCGAUGUACAGCGGAAGAGAAAUUCACAUCGACAUCACAGUGGAGAAGGACAGGUGCUGUUAAAAUGGAAGUAUAAGAGAUUGGCCUUUGCUUAGAUAUGCAGUACCUGGUUAG